CGCGACGCCGGCACCUCCAGCACCCAGCAACAACACCGUUGAUACCAGCGGAGGCCAGCAAGCACCCGCUCAGACAUCGGGCAACCCUUCCCCGCCUCCGCCGCCCCCAAAUUCUAACCCAACACACCGGCGCUAGUGUGCUAGGUCCCAACCGGCAACAUGGCGCAGGUGCCGCCCCCCAGAGUUGGGUCCGCGGAAUACCCCAAUCCUCACCAAGAUGUGCCCUCGUGGUGGUCGAUCUUCUUUGGCGGCGGCUGGUCCUGGCGAUGGUGGUCGGAUCCCCACCUGUACUUCCGCCCGAACCUGGAAUACGUCCCAGGCCCCAAUCACUUCACCGUAAUCGAUGGCCUGGGACGGGAGAAGACAUACGACAAGCCAUUCGACUGCUACCUCGAUCCGUUCACCGGCAGGGUCGAGACCCUGUACGUCCAGGCUCCCGAAUCGCUCUGUCGUCUGUCUGCCUCCCGCCCCAACGCCACGUGGAAGCGGACGCCGAUCCGCAAUGCCACCCCCUUGUUGCUCCGCCUAGCCAACUUCCCCUUCCGGUUCGUCCCGAUCGAGCGGAGGGGUGACAUAUCGCAGUACAACGCCGGCGACUGGGCGCUCGUGGUCGCCAUGUGGAUUCCCACGCUUGUCCUAUUCCUAUUCUAUUGGAUCGGCAUGUGGUUUGUCAGCCCGGGUCAGCAGCCCGAGGGCAAGGACCAGAAUAAGUACCUCCCGAUGCUGUACAGGGGGCUCCGGUAUCCGCGGCUGGCCCGCAAUAUGCUCGAGAACCGGGAGCACGUCGCCCAGCAACUACAGAGCCAUGCGACGUGGAACACAAGGGCGGCCCUGUCCACAUACCGCACCUUCCGGCCGCGCUUUUUGAAUUACUUGGUUGAGGUCGAGCGGAACGGACGCAAGAGGUACGAGUUCGAGCGCCGACCCGUAGGUCCGAAUGACCUGACGCCUUUUGUCCUGGUCGCCUACUCCUCCGAGCACUACCACAUCCCCGACGAAAACGAUGACAAGCAGUCGAGGGAUGGGGGGGCCUCGAACACGAAAGAAGACUUGGAGGCCCUUCUUGCCGUCGCCACAAAGGCCUGCGAGUCUUAUUUUAGUCCACUGCCAGCCGACUUGCAGAAGAACCCAAGGGCCUUCUGGUUGUCGGCAAAUUGCAUGCCGGCCGGCGAGGUGGCGGACGAAUACGGAAGGAUACACAGGGUCGACGGACUCGACAAGGAAGUCCUGGCCAACCAAGACACCUACAGUAUUUCUGACAUUAUCCGCGCCGCUAAACACGUCAUUGUGGUGGCGGGCAACAUGCGGCGACCCUGGGACGACCAGGCUCUGAAUGUCUGGGGUCAGCGCGUCUGGACCCUGCCCGAGAUCGUGCUGAGCAAAGGGGACUCGGUGACGGUGUGGCGCUGCGGCUCCCGCGAGAAGCCACUGCCGCCCGUCGAAAAGGAGGAGAUCCCCAAGGCGCUGUUCCCUCUCGUGGCUUGGCGGGACUCCCUCAACUCGCGCCAGCUGAUCGAUCACUACAGCAACCUGCACCUGAGCCGGCUCGAGCUGGUCAAGAUUGCCCUGGAAUGCCUGAUGAGCCGCGAGUUCCGGGCGCUGCACCCCGGUGACCGGGUCUACGUCCUAAUGGGCCUCCUGCGGAUCCGGCCUCCCAUCGACAAGACCGACUCGGCCUUCCAGGCCUUUGCGCGGCUGUCGUUGCCCCAGGAUAGCGACCGGCUGAUGGAGCGCCUGGUUUGUCUGCUCCCGGACACGCCCGAGCAGAACUGGGAGCUCAUGACGGACCAGUACAAGGCCAGCCUGUGGGACAUCUACCCGGACACGCAGGUGUGCGGCAUCGGCGAGAAUGACACGGUCAUUGUCGACGGGGCCAAGGGCGCGCAGAUCGCGUGGGCCAAGUUCACCGAGGUCCGUACCCUCCGCCGGCUCACCCCGAAGCGGCAGGCCUUCCUCUACCUGCUCAUCUGCUCGCCAUUCCUCUUCUUCACGGGCGUUCUCAUUGCCGCACUUUACGCCCCGCGCUCGGGCUCUGCCACCAGUAGCUCAUACGGCUAUGGCUUCCGAAGCAAGCGUUAUGCCUCGCCUCGCAGCCAAGCGUACGACGCGGGCGUCGCCAUCACAGUGCUCACCCUCAUCCUAUGCAUCAUCCCGGCCCCCUACUUCCUGUCGAGCCUGUACGCGGGCAAGCUGUGGGCGGUCGAGCCGUGCUUCUUCGGCAUCGAAGGCUAUGUCCCCAUUGAGGUGAUCGAAGAGCGGCUGUUUGGGAAACGCUCGAGCAAGCGGCCGCGCCUGAGCUGGAGCGCCUGGGGGUCGCCCUUGUCGCGGCACAGGGAGGGCGAGCCCAUGCACGAGCGCGCAGUGCGGUAUGCGUACCGUGACAACAACGACGCACAGCUCGACUCCGUCACCACCCUCCCAACCUACCCGAUCGAGACGGUCGACCCGACCUCCCCCUGUGGGUACUGCGCAACCGGCAGCCCGCAAGGAGGACCCGCCGCCCUGUACUGCCCGCACCACCCGACCGUGGCCUCGCUGCAGGACAUGAGCAUGCGGUCGCGCAUGGGCGAGCUGAAGCCGUUCACGCUGGUCGACACCUUCAACAUGACGGUGACGCUCUUCUACGCCGUGCGGCCGCCGACGGUGCUGGUGGUCGGCGGCAGCGAGGGCGGCAUGAAGCGGGCGCUCGCCUGCUCGUUCGAUGUCGCUACGGGCACGCUGUACCGCGAGACGGUGCUGCGCAUCCCCUCGCAGAGCGUCGACUGCAUGGAGAGCCUGCCCAGGGUCCGGCUCGGGUUGAGGAGGCCGUUCUUGGAGGGGGAUGUCAGGUUGGUAGGCAGUAGUACGGAAGCGGGAACGGGAAAGGUUGGUGGUGUCGAUGCUGCCGGCAAUGGUGCAGGCUACGGAUACUAUAAUGGGGCGCAGGGCGUGGGAGAAGUCGCCGGAGGUCAGCAGUGGCAGUGGCAGCAGCAGCAACAACUACUGCCGGCAACAGCAGCAUUGGCGAAUGACUGGGUUCAGUAUGAGCAGCCGGCCGUGCCUGUUCAACAUACCUAUGAACCAAAGCGGUGAAUGCCUCAGGAAGGCGGCGUGUGGUUCGUUGCGUAUCUAGAAAUUCAGUGUUGUUUGACGAGGAGAAGACGCGGGCGGGGCUGUAUCGGUUCGAAUUUCAGGGACGGCAAUUCCUGAGUGAUCUUCGGGUUCCCUUUCUGUCGUUUGCUCGUACGCUUGGACGUUGAUGGAAGCGAGAGAUGUAUCAUGUAUGUCACAAUGUCUACCUUACACAGUAAUCAGUAUGCUUGAGAUUUUAUGAUAUCUCGUUGGAGAUGGAAAGUUACCUAGGUACCCAUAAUGAAAAAUUCAUGUGUAUCGGUUUAG